AAUCUUUUAUUCUGAAUUUGAUGUUAUUAAAUUACUAAAAAGAUGGAAAACUUCGGGUAUGAAGUUGGGUUUGCAUCAUUUCUUUCCCUUCGUUUUGUUGUAUCAUGUGAGAAAGAGAAUGUUGACCAUCAAAGUUUCUGGAACAACUUUCGAAAUGGGACUUGUCUGAACCAACAUAACUUGUUUUCUUUAUCUUGUCCUUGAUUUGCCAUAUUCUCAGCUUUCAUGUGAAUCUUAUAAUUGGUAACAGUAUAUAUUCUUCUGCCAGUAAUUUGUUAUAUUCUUAACAUAUGCAUCUCCAUAACUUUCUCCUUUUUGAUUUGAUAUAAUCUCUUUCAACUACCUGACCUUUUAUACAAAAUUUUUGUUUCUUUUUCACCAGAUAAUCUUGAUUAUAAUGAGAUGAUUGACAAUGUUUUUUAACCUCCCAAAAGGGAACACAAAAUAAUACUCUUUUUCCUUCUUUUUGCUCUGUCUGAUCAGCAUUUGUUGGUAACUAACUACAAGAAGCUGUUUAAUGUUAUAUAACGCUAAGAGCUUUGUCCACAUAAUCAAAUUUAUCAAUGUUUCAACCUUUUAUUGAUGAAGAAUGCUAUAUAGUGCUAAGAGCUGACUACAAGAAGCAAUUUAAUGCUAAAUUGAAGAAGCUGAUGGACAAGGCAAGGGAUUAUGGUAGCUGUGUUGCAGCAAAGGUUCCAGAAGUUGAGCGUGAUAUGUGUUUGAAAGAAUUUUGCGCUUUGAAGAAUUGCAUGCAAAAAGUGCUUAAAGGCAAGGUUUAGUGUGGAAAUUUUGGGUAUCACUGGAGCAUAUCUGGAAGUGCACUUGAAAAUUGUGAUUGUUGACUGUCGAGGCCAGUCAAAAUUGUUCAUUUGAUUGUUGUUUCUGACAAAACAAUCUGAGAAUAUUCCUAAACUCAAGGGACGCGAGAGGAUAUAUUAAUAUGCACGUUGAAGUUUCAAGUUCCAACCCCAGCAUGGGCUUAAGCGGGUCAGGUGCUCUUUCACAUGUUUAUGCCCAAUAUCCACCUAUGAGGUGCAACAUCCCUGGUUCAAAGGGCUUAUUCUAUGAUGAUGGGAAUAAGUUGUUGCUGUCCCCAACAUCUGAUCAGGUUUAUUCAUGGAAAGUUGCACCUUUUGAUCCUAAUGUUGAACCUACAUCUGAUCCAAUUAGUGAAGGUCCCAUAUUGUCUGUUCGAUACUCUCUGGAUGGUAAAAUUUUGGCAAUUCAGCGGUCAAGUUAUGAGAUUCAAUUUUGGAAUAAGGAGAAAGACAUCUCAUUCCGCCACAUGUGUAAGCCCGAAUCAGAGAAGAUUCUUGGAUUUUUCUGGACAGAUUGCCCUAGUUGUAAUUUUAUAAUUGUGAAAACAAGUGGGAUGGACUUUUUGGCUUAUGAUUCUGAAUCACAAAAUAUUCAAUUGAUCAAAUCCAAGCGUGUAAAUGUGAGUUGGUACAUUUACACACAUGAAUCUCGUCUGGUUCUGCUUGCUUCGGGGAUGCAGUGCAAAAGUUUCAUUGGAUUCCAGCUUUCAUCUGCUGGAAUCAUUUCCUUGCCCAAGUUUGAUAUGCUUAUGGCCAAGUCUGAGACAAACAGCAAGCCAGUCUUAGCUUCUCAAGAUAUUCAUGUUGUCACACUUUAUGGAAGAAUAUACUGCUUGCAAGUUGAUAGGGUGGCCAUGCUGCUCCAUUGCUACAGAUUUUAUCGUGAUGCUAUUGUACCGCAGGGCUCCUUACCCAUAUAUUCAAGCGAAGUGUCUGUGAGUGUGGUUGAUAAUGUGCUGCUUGUUCAUCAAGUGGAUGCAAAGGUUGUUAUACUAUAUGACCUAUUUGCAGAGUCCAGGACCCCAGUAUCUGCUCCACUUCCCCUUCUUUUAAGGGGUUAUCCAAAAGCGAGCAUAUCAUCCACAAUCCCGGGUAACGAUGACGGACAUUCAGAGCUAAAACCAACGAAUCCUGAUGAAAUGACCAUAUACAGAGAUGGAUGGACAUUUUUGAAUCCAGAUCUGAUAUGUGAUACCACUAGUGGACUUUUGUGGAAGAUUCAUUUAGACUUGGAUGCUAUAUCCGCUAGUAGCUCAGAAGUAUCCUCUCUGCUCGAAUUCUUGCAGCGACGGAAGCUAGAAGCCAGUAAGGCUAAGCAAUUAUGCUUGGGUCUAUUAAGGACUGUCAUUUUGGAGCACAGAGCAGUUGGUGUUGUUGCACAGGCAAUGGAUAUUCUUAUGAACUUUUACUCUCGAGCAAUUAAGACAGGGAGUUAUUUCAAGGGGGUACGAUCAGAUAAGAUGCUUUCUUCUGAUACCCAGCCUGUGCAUAACCCAAAAAUUGCUGCUGAUGAAUCAUCCAGGGAAGAAUCAAGAGGACCUGUUGAAACCGACUCCUCUGUAGUUCCUGAUGAACAUAUAAAUAAAUCAAGUUUUUUAGAUUCAGAUUCAGAGGGGAUGGCCGGUCCAAGUUCAACAAACAGUAAAUUGGUCAAAGAUGCUGAAAGUUCCGGUACAACAGCUCAAUUGCCUGGUUCCAGUAAUGUCCCAUUGGAUGUGAAUAAUACAGAGCAGCCUGAAUCUCAGAUCAUCUCUGCGGCCAUUUCACCUGAUGAGCUUUGCCGUUUUGUAUUGUCUCCUGUUGAUGAAGAGUUGGUCGGGGAUCCUUCUUAUUUGGUUGCUAUCAUUGUUGAAUUCCUUCGCAGUGCUAUUCAGGAAAGAAUUAGAGUGUGUCCUAGUUUAUAUGUUUUGAUGAUUCGACUGCUAAUACGUGCCGAACGAUAUGGAGAAUUGGGCUUGUUCGUCAUUGAUAAGAUCAUCGAACCUUCAAAAGAAGUAGCAUACCAACUAGUAGAGUCUGGCCGUCAGCAUCUUCCAACAAGGAAACUAAGCAUGGACAUGCUUAGGCAACUAUUUUUGCACCAUGAUUAUGUGCUGUCGCUACUGCAGGAUGGAUAUUAUCUUGAAGCUUUACGUUAUGCACGCAAACACAAGGUCAUCUCUGUCCGGCCGUCUUUGUUUCUUGAAGCUGCUUACGCCUCGAAUGAUUCACAACAUCUAGCUUCGGUAUUAAGAUUUUUUUCGGACUUCAUGCCUGGCUUCAAAACCACAUCAGAUCAUGUUACAUAUUGUGAGAUUCUGAACCAGAUGAAUGCUCCUUAUGUAGCUGCUUAACGUCUAGAAUUGCCGUACUUUAUUAACGAGUUGAUGUCUUGUUCAAAGUUAUGAAGUGUAUCAUUGAUAAUAAUAGUCAUAAUUUUGGUGCAAGAGCUAAGAUUGCUAAAAAAAAUGUUUUCAACCCCUGUAAUCAGUUCAUUGUCCAUAAGCAUAUUUUAUGCAAAUGCACUUAUCGACUAA